AGUUUGUGAGAGUAAUGUCUGCGUGAUCUGCCUCCAGUGCCCUGUGUCCCACUCCUGGUUGGAACAAAGAUGGACUGCCCAUUAGACUCCGCCUGGGUGGAGUGGAGGAACUCGCGAGGGGCGGAGCUGUACGUGGCCAAUGCGGAGGACAGUCAGGGGCAGGUGGCUUAUUGCAACGGCGGCAAUGGAGUCAGUGGCUGCUCUGUGCCAGGCCUGCAGUGCAGUCUACAGUACACCUUCACAGUGACUGCUUCCAAUCAGCAGUGCACCAGUGCACCCAGCAACGCUAUGCAGCUGCAGUCUGCCCCAUGCCCGCCAGAGUAUGUCAGCAUGGAUGUGGAUUGUAGGAAUGGGACCAUGACAGCAUCCUGGCCCCUCAGUUGGGGCGCUCUGAGCUACAUCGCUACUUUGCGGGGCCCAGAUGGCAAAACAUGGGCAUCCUGCACCACCAAUGGAUCGGACUGCAACAUUGGCACGAUGCCCUGUGGGGAGAGCUUGGUCCUGGGAGUGGUGGCUGAGGGAGCCAGCUGUUACAGUAGGCGGAGCCAAGACUUCCCCAUCAGCACAGUACCUUGUUCUCCACAAAUCCUGGAGGCCACCCUGAGAUGUGGUGACAACAUGGCAACCGUGACUUGGAACAGGAGCAGGGGGGCGGAGCGUUACCUAGUGAAGGCCACCAGCAGCGACGACCACCAGGCCUCCUGCAUCUCACGUGGGGAUACCUGCUACCUCAGGAGCCUGAGCUGUGGGAAGAUAUACACAGUCACUGUUCGGGCAGAGGACCGCACCUGCUCCAGUGCAUGGAGCCAUCCAGUUGAAAUUAAGACAGUCCCCUGCAUCCCUGAAAAUGUAGAUGCCCACUUUGACUGCGAGUCAAGGACCAUGAUCGUGUCCUGGUCAGCAAGCGAUGGCGCAGACUCCUACACAGCCACGCUGGAGGACAGCGACGAACGCUUCACCAAUUGCCAGACUUUGGGAGCCAGCUCGUGCAAUGUGACCGGUCUGCACUGUGGCCAGGUUUAUCACGUGUCCGUGACCGCGUCGGAUGGCCACUGCACCAGCCAGGAGAGCACCAUGCUGGAUGUCCACUCAGGUGGCAUGGAAUACCAAAAAUUAGAUAAGGGAAUGUAGGCCAAGUGGGCAAACCUGUGUCAGCAACCAGUUCUGUGAAGCAGCACCAA